CCUCGUAUAGUUUAUUUUUACGAAAAUUACAUCCCUUCUUUAACUCUUUCGGAAAUACGAUCUCUGAGGAUUUUCGGAUGGUAAUUCCGUCGUAACCGUUUUUGACCCCAACAAGCUACCUUCAUCUAAGUACAAACCCCCCCCCCCCCCCCAAUCAAUCAAUCGAACUGCCUUGCUCACAAACCUGUCUUUUACAUUUAAUCAUAAUCAACCUAGCUUAAUCAAUUUAAUUAGAUUUAUUAGGUUCCCUAGCUUCUUGAGAAUUCAAUCCCUAAGUACUACAACUGAACCUGUUAUUUGAGAGAGUAAUUCACUCCUUAAGAUAAUUUGAGUGAGAUCACAAAACGGCAGACAUAACUUCGGCUCUCUACCAAUUUUUGGGGUCCAUAAAACUCGGGGGUUCCUCAAAAGAAACCCGGUUCAUCUUCACAUAAAAGUAGUACCAUUAUCAGUUGCGAGUUUAUGAGGGAUGACCCAUUAAUAUAUUCAUCUGCAGUUUUAUCUUUGCAUAGAUAUAUCCAUUUUGCUUCAAUUGUACUUGGCAUAAUUCUUCAAAGAUUCUGAUGCCCAUUGAUACAUCUAUCUCGGCGGCCUAGAUCAUCAGCGCCAUUAGGCAAGGCCAUAGAGUAAGUGAAGUUGGAAGCAAUCAUGAUCGAUCCCAUCAUCAAUUGAGACAAAGUGAUAUCUCUUCUACAACAGUAAGCUGUGAUCAGUCGGGAAAUGGUAACUAUAGUUUAGCAUCAUUUUGAAGCCAAGACUCGUACACACAAGUAUAUUCUACAAGAGGAGUCCAUAGACAUUGAUCGGUCAAUGGAUGAUAACGUCAGAUGGAUGAUAAAUGUCGAACCAGGAGACCUGACUUCCUCCAAGAGAACUGUUACGCUUGAAAAAUCGGACUGCGCCAACUCAAUGUCAGGCUAAUUUUGCCAUUCGACUAUUGAUGGCCUGAUUUGGUUUUCGGCAAGAGAAGGAUGAUAGACAAAGCGCCAAUUCCUGUGAAGACAAAUUGGGUAUCAUCUUUCUUUUGCCGAAGACCAAAUCAGGCCACUUCGUUUACCCAAUUCGUCUUGAUCUAAUGAAUAAUCAUCAGCAUGCUUUAGGAGAUACUGUUGGGUUGAAUUUCGAUCAACUUUAGUUGGUACGUCUGCUGACGAAGAGUUUCAAUUUUUUUUGGGGACGGGCAAAAAGUGAGAGAUGAUCAUUCUGAAUGAGAGCCGGCGACUAAAACUACUUCAAUAUGAUCAUCUCUUGCUUUUUGAUCAGCCCCAAAAACACUUGUAACUCUUCCCUGGCAUGACGUACCAACUGAAGUUGAUUGAAGUUCAACCCGACAGUAUCUAUUAAAGCAUGCUGAUGAUUACUAAUUAGAUCACCAUCAUGACUGGAUCCGCCGAAGAUAUCUUGGUCUGGACUGGAAGAAGUAAUUAUCUGUUUUCCUUUCCUCGACCAUCAACGAAUUGAAGACAUGUUUUUUUGCAUAACAGACGAAGAACACGAAUCUGGUCAGAGAAAUCAAAAUACUAAUACAGUGGCUGAUCGGAAAUAUAAAUACAAAAUGCGAUAGAAAGAGAAAAACUUCAGAAAAGCUAGCUUUGGUAAGUGAAAAAAAUGAGAAGUUAACUCAUUAUUAAUAGAAGAACAAAAAGAGAUACGAAAAGACAUAAUUAUUAUGUCUGUAAAACCCUAAUGCGGCGGCAUGUCUCCUGUUUUCCUAAGAGGCAAUGCUUGCGGAGUAAACCGAAAUUUGUUAUUUUCUAAUUCGAACUGAUUUCUGAUUUGGUUUACAAAAAACGGUUUGCAAUUAAUCGUAUCGCCAAAAAAGAAGCUUAACUUUAUUUGAAAGAAAAACUUCGUGUUCAUUUCUAUUCAAACUUACUUCGAUAAAUUCAUCGAGAUCGAUUUCGUCUCUCGCAAUGAACACUGAGACUUAUUGUUGGAAAUGGAUUACAUCCUUUGGACAAGUCUCAUCAAAUAAUUGAACUCGAGCCGUUUAGGAAAAAUGUGGCCUAAAAUCUGAAAUGGACCAAAAGGCCAAAAAAGAGUCUCACACAUCCAAAAAAAAUCUGUAUGGACCAAGUGAUUGUGAAAUUAUCAUUUUACCCUUAAUGAAUGAAUAAUAUGAACCAUUGGAUUCUAUAAUCUUUCUAUAAAUCAGAACCGUCGGAUUAAGAGAAGAAAAGAGGAAUGUUAUAUUUACAAAAGUACCAUUAAUGAAACUCCAACCAGAGCCAUUGAUCAUCUUUUCUAUGUUUUAAUCUUGGUCACACGCUUUCACAGAUCUCUCAUUCUCUAUCUUCUCCUCCUCUUUAAUCUGACGCAUAAAUAACUCAGAGCCACACGAUUUUCAUUAUUUUAUUCUCUCAUUCGACUAGGUACAACUAGUAUAACUCAUACAACUAUACAUGUUAAAAAUAAUAUAACUGGUACAACUGGUAUAUAAAUAUUAUAAUUCAUGUACAAUUUGCAGCUACUAUAAUUAACUCAACUAUUAAAUCAUUUUUUUACAUAUGAUGAUAAAAUUUCAUCUAUUUUUUCUGAGGCUCUUCAAUUAUUGUUAAAUUAUUAAAUUACACUAUCAAUUUUAUUUAAGAGACUUUAUACUUUUAAGGUUUGUUAAUUAGAUUGACCAUAUUAUUAUGAAAAAUAAACAUCAAAAAUAUAUUUACAAAGUUAUAAUGUGAAAAUAUUGGUACAACUCCUAAAACUAAACAUAUACAAAAUUUGGCAUAUUUUUUAUUAUAUAUUAAACAUGAAUUACUGGUACAAUUUUGACAUUUCAGAAAUUGACAAAAUCAAUUUGGUAUUUCCAUAUGAAAAAACAAUCAAAUGACCAAACUGGUAACUGUUUAGAUAGAUUCCUUAUUUUUAAUGAUUUUUUGUUUUUUUGUUUUGUUUUUAGCAAUUCUUACACCAUCAUAUAAGUUUACAUGAUCUAUCUUAUACUUUUAAGGUUUAUUAACUUGUUUGUCUACAUAAUUUAUGGAAAACAUACAUAAAAUGUAUUUAAACAGUUAUGAAAUGUAUUUACCAGACUAGUAAUACUGAUAUAACUAGUACAACUACUCAGGUUCUGAAAUUUAAAUAUUCCUUCGAGUAUGUCAUAUGAAAAAAAUCAAUAACAUGGCUAAAUUGUAAAGUAUUUAUAAAGGUUCCUUAUGAUAUUUCAUGGGGGCUUUUUUUUUUUUGCAAAUCUAACACAAUCACAUAAGUUUGCAUGAUCUACCUUAUACUUUUAAGGUUUGUUAACUUCUUUGUCCACAUAAUUUUUGGAAAACAUACAUGAAAUGUAUUUUAACAAAAUUUAUGAUUUCAUUUUAUUGGGGCACAGAUAUGUACACAUAAUGAAGUGGUACAACUGAGGUAAGUUUUAAUUUUAUGUCGUACAACUAGCUUUUUCGAUUUCACUGUCAAAAUAUAACUAUGUACAAACUGGUAUAACUCAAAAACUAGUACAACUAUGUACAAACCGGUACAACUCGAAUAUUGAUCCAACUAUGUUAUUUCAUUUUAUAUUGUGCAUUACAUUUUAAACGUGUAUCAUGUUUUAAACAUUAUGGUUGAAUAUUAAAUCAAGUUGUUGUACUAAUUGUACUAUUCCUAAAUAUUUUUGUGUAGUUUAACCUAUUAUCUAUUUCUUUUGGUUGAAAUACAUUAAAUCAAAGUCGAUAAAAUUAAGAGAAAAAUUUGUUAGGUACGUAAAUACAACACGUAAAACUAAAUAAUAUUUAUUAAAAAAUAGAUAUUAAAAAAACUGAUGGUAUUGAGAUUAUAAAUUUUAUAAUUUUAAAAAAACUUCAUAAAUUUUUGAAGAUUUAUUUUUUGUAGGAAACAAUUUAAAUUAUAAAAUAUAAUUAAAUAAUAAACUGAGUGAAAUGUACGAAUUUGCAAACAUAAGAAUCAAAAACUAUUUGAAAUCAAAUUUGUAGAUACAACAAACAUAUGUAUAUCAUAUUUUAUAUCAAAAUAUGCAAGUUUCACCAUGUUCUUCUUGUGUAUGUGAUUACAAUUGCUCUAUUUCUUUUAAUAUUUUCAUUUCCAUAUCAAGAAAAUGAACUUUGAGGCGAGAAACCUACUAACCAGCACUAGAAAAACACAAAUCAAGUGUUGCCACAAUUAAACUAGUAAUAGUACUACUGUAGUUAAACCGGUUAAACUAUUAUUGUCGUAGUCCAAAUACCAAAUAUUAAUGUUUAUGUAUUUUUUUUCAAACUCGUGAUGGCUUAUGCACUAUCUUUUGGCAGAUGCAAGCGGGAAAGAUUAAACUAGUAUAACUAUGUACAGACGGUACAGCUCAAAUACUAGUACAACUAUGUUAUUUCAUCACGAUUAAAACAAUUCUUUGCAAAAAAAAAACACAAAAAUCAUACAUCAAAUCCAAUCUUUUUCUUCUUUCCGGUGACUCGCGUUUUUAGAACAAUGUUUGAAGAAUUUUCUGGCUCUGCAUCUAGCUUUUUGGCCUCAAGACCAAAAAGAUGAAGAUGAUCUUUUUCCGAAAAUCGUACAACUAGUAUAACUAGUACAACUAGUACAACUUGUAAACGUAUCAAUUUCAAAUCAAAUAUUAUUAAAAAUAUACUAUUCAUAUAUUUGACACAUGCAUGCGGGAUAAAUUAGACCAAUAUGUCUUAUUGGUUCUACAUCAUUCUCUUUUCUAGCAUCUUCAUAUGCCGAAAACAAUAAAUAUAUGAAAUUAUUAUACAUCUCAUAAUUAAGUGAUGUCAUUUCAUAAUUUCUCAAAGCCAUGUCAUCUUUUUUUGUGAGAAUGAACAUGGUGAUGAUACAUAAGAAAAUGAUUUUUCAAAUAAUAAAUAUGACAUACUCAAUAUGUACUAGUUGUACUAAUUCGAGUUGUAGAAGUUGUACUAGUUUGAGUUGUACUAGUUGUCCUAGUUUGAGUUGUACUAGUUGUACUAGUAAUACUUUUCGUUGUUCAUUAUUUUGAAUAUCGGAUGGAAAAGAUGAAAUUUGACUCUGGAUAUGAUAUAAUUGAUUAAACAUGAUUAUGGGUUGAUCGAUUUGAGAUAAGAAAGAGAAAAUUAGUGGAUGGUUGAAGAAAUUUUUUGAUUUUGUAUUAUGGUGGAAGAACUAUGAAUGGGGAAGAAAUGGGGGAAGAAGAAGGAGAUUGGGUCGGAUUUCGGGUCUGGAUCUGGGUCGGAUAUUGGGUUGGAUAGUAAUGGCAUAGGUUAGUAAAUAUGUUUAACUCCUUAGGUUUUUCAGUUAUUUAACAUAGAUUUCUAUUUAAAUUUAAAUACAAAAUAAAUAAAUAAAGUGAUGGGUCUAAUUGAGAUUUUUUGGAGACCAAGUGGUCCAUCUCAGCAUUUGAUCCGCCAAAGACCGAGAUGACAUAGUCACAAACUUACAAUUUUCGGCACAAGAUUACGGCUUCCUCUAUUGACCUUGUUCUUGCCGAAAAUACACCUUUUCAUAAAAUCUCAGCUAAAAACUUUUUGUAAUCGUCUUAUUGAUCAUUUAUAAACGUCUUUCAGAUAACCUAUCUUUGAAUUCGUGCAUACUCUAGUAUAUGUUAAAUUCAGACUAAACAAUGUAGAUAAAAAGUUUUUUUAUGAUUUAUUGUAAAGACUUAUGUGGAUUGUGGAGUCUUCAGUCUUUGGAUUUAUGGAUUAUAUACUGUUUUUAAAUGUGAAAUUUAUAUGCGAUGGCCCAGACUUGAAAUCAUCAUCAAUCAUGUAGACAAAUUUGUUACAUUUAAACAAAUAACAUAACUGCUUCCAGUUCUUGCGCAUUACUCUCCAACACUAAAGUCACAUGGAGUUUCUUACAACUAUCUACAUCAUGUGUCCAGCUCAUCAUUAAAUAAAAGUCUCAUCACGAUUUUCAGAAAUUUUAAAUGCAUGUUUUAGCUUAGUGCAUGAGAUGCAUAACAAUCGAGACGUGAAAGCAUUCAUUUAGAUUACCUUCAAAUCACUCUAUAUUAUAUUUUAUAAAAUUUGCAAAUCACUCAAUACUUUUAAAAUAAGAGCGUAAACGAAGGGUAACUACACAGGUACGCCACUUAAAUUAGCUACAACUUCUUAACGACCAACAGACUCUCGGCAUUAACAUUACUCGGGGAUUAUUACAUUCCUCCCAUUCUACUUUUUGUGUCUACUCAAGUAGACUUCUCUUAUAAUUCAAAGCUCAUGAACAUUUUAAUGGAAAGAAUAAGUAGAGAGGUACAUAGUGGUGUUGGUUCUACAAACGAACAACAUGGAUAUGCUUAACACCAUUCUCAAUCUUUUUCUCCCUCCUCUUACCAUAAUCUUUCUCUUCCUCUUUUACCCAUACUAUCUUUUGAUCAAGUUUGUAGUUUGUCUUUAUAAGCAUCUUUGCUUGGAAAACGUAUCUGGGAAAGUAACUCUAAUUACCGGAGCUUCUUCCGGCAUCGGAGAGCACGUCGCAUACGAGUAUGCAAAGAAAGGAGCAUAUUUGGCUCUCGUUGAUCGACUAGAGGAUCGUCUAGAGAUGGUAGCUGAAACAUCACGGAAAUUAGGAUCUAGUAAUGUCAUUAUCAUACCUGGUGAUGUUGCUAAUGUUGAUGACUGCAAGAAGUUCAUCAACGAGACGAUUCACCAUUUCGGAAAACUGGACCACCUGAUCAACAAUGCUGGUGUAUUUCAGACUGUUCUUUUCGAGGAUUUAACCCAAGUUCAAGACGCUAAUCAUAUAAUGGAUAUCAACUUUUGGGGCACAACAUACAUCACUUACUUUGCAAUUCCUCAUCUUCGAAAGAGCAAUGGAAAAAUCAUUGUGAAUACUUCUAAUUCAGCAAAUAUACCUUUGCCAUUGUCAAGCGUCUAUUCAGCAAGUAAAGCAGCCUUAUUAAGAUUCUUUGAGACAUUGAGAGUUGAACUAAGUCCGGAUAUCAAAAUAAUAAUUAUUUUACCCGGAUUUAUAGCAACAAAUAUGACCAGUCCUCACUUCAUUGAAAAGUACGGUUCAGAUUUUAUCCUGUCGGAAUCAGUAAAAAAAUGUGCAAAAGCAAUCUUUAGAGGUAUUGCUAGAGGAGAGACAUACAUAGAAGAGCCAUCUUGGACGAAAUGGAUAGUUUUAGUGAAAAAUUUAUGUCCUGAAUUCGUUGAAUACUCACUCAAAUAUUUAUUUUAUCGUUAUCUCAAACCUUCUUAUUUCAAAAGCGAAUGAUCAUAUCAAAUCCAUCCAAGAUCUCAAGUUUUCAAUAAUGGUUGUGUUCCUAUAAUUGAUAUGAAAUUUAUACCUUUGUUACCUUUGUAUUAUAUUGAAGUGAUUGUUUCCUAUGCAUUUUUUUCACAUUUUACCUAUUAAAACAGAAAUUAUGACUUUAAUGUGUGAUUUUUUUUGGUGAACAAAAAAGGUUAAUUUGUCAAAUGUUCAUAUUGAGAGAAAAAAAUCAAUGAAUAACUAUGUAAUAAUUCUGAGAUAAGAUGUAACACUUUGCAACAAAAUAUGAUCAUUUGAGUGUGUAUAUGCAACCGAUUAUAAAUAAAAGUGGUUUUAAAAUAAAACUCCUCAGCUAAAAGAUGGAUCGUAAAAUAACUAAUAAACUAACGACAAAAGAAAUCUUCAACUUUAAUUAUGUUAACGUCUGUCACAAUCUUUCACGGUAUUUUAGACGGAAGGUGACAUACAUUAACAGAAAUAAAGUUGAUGUUUCUUCUCCGUGCUUUGGCCUCACUCGCUCGAUAUCACGAAUCAGUUACCGAUAGAUCACCUAUCUUUCUACUACUCUAGCUCAAGCACACUUAACUCGAGAGUUCUAAACGGAUGUGUGCCCGAAAAGGUAAGCGCACUUUAGUGACAUAAGUAGUCAAAUCAAUGCUCUUUUAAUCCUUUCCACAUAUACUAGAAAUCGAGAUGUUACAAUUCACUCCCUCAGAACGCAACAUCCUCGUUGGACACCGAGAUCGUUACCCAUGUUAGUGUGAGCCCUCACUGACUCCACACUCGUUUGGGUUUGUCUCUGAUACCACUUGUAACGCCUCGACCGCCUACGACUAAUGGGCCUCCCACGCCUGCUCUCUCGGCCCGUGGGAUCCAUUCCCUGCGACGGAUAAUGCAUUAAUUGUUUUGGAGGCUCAUUAAUCAUGUUUAUUGACCCUGAAAUCACGACCAUUCCAUGUUCUUUUGCCUCACUCGCAUGGUAUCACGAAUUACUUCCCGAUAGAUCACCUAUCUGUUCAUUAUUCCAUUCCAAGUACGCUUAACCCUGGAGUUCUAAUCGGAAGUGUUCCCAAAAAGGUAAGCCCAAUUUAAUGAUACAGGUAGCCAAAACAAUUUUCUUAAGCUUUUCCACAUACCACAAACUGGGAUGUUACAGUUUUUUUCGUCAAUUUGUUUUAGUUGAGGGAUUAUUUUGGUAUCCAUUUUUAGUUGAGGACUUUUAUUACAAAAUGCGAUUAAAUGUUUUAAAAUAUUUAUUAUCACUUAUGCAUUAUUUAAAACUCUUAUAAUAGAUUUAUAUGCCUUUAAAAUAAUUUAUAAAUUCUUAUCCAUUAUUUUAUCAAUUUUAUAACUGAUAUAUAGAGCUUUAUAAAUAUUUUAAUACUUUUAUAAAUGAUUUAUAAGGUUUAAAAAUAAUUUUAUAAGAUUAAAGAUAUGGUUGUUCGUCAUACUACAAAUACAUAAAAUAAAUAAAUAAAGCAAGAAAAGUAAAUCAAAGAUAUAAGUUUAUUGAUUAAUAUGGUAGGAGUAUAACAUACUGGUUUGGAUUUCAAAGAGAAAAAUAAAUAAUUCUGCAUUUUUUUCGUAGAAGCAAGAAGAAAGUAUGACUCGAAGUCUGAAAAUCGUGUAAAUAGGAGAUGAAAGGCCGACACCAUACUAUAAGCAGGAAUGUUGAAUUUACGAGAUUGCCAUCCUCUUCUUCCUCUGAAGAUCCUAAAAUUAGUCGCCAUUAAAUCCAAAAUUUUCGACCUGUGUCUCUAGGGUUUAGGGUUUUUCCUAAUUUCCACUAGAGUUGAUGAAUAUGUUAAAUUUAGCUAGUGUAUUGAGUCAUUUUGUGCUGUUUGUGUAAGCAGCGGAUGAUACCAUUAUGUUCAUAAACGUUGGAGGAGUUGAUAAUGCUGAUUUGAAGUAUGUAGGUGUUAGUGUUUUGCUCAUAGCUUCUAAAUAUGAAGAAAUAUGAGUUCCUUAGGUGUGGAUCCCUUACUUCUAAUAGAGAAACAUUUUAGAAGAAUAACAUCCCUUAUAUAUUAAUUGAGGAACAUUUGAAAAGAUGUAACCUCAAUUUUGUAUUAAUUAAAAGAAGCCCCAAUGCAUAGUUGGCACUCAAUUAGGUAGUCAAUUACAUUCAAUUGAAAAAUAAGUAGGUCCACAUUCGAUUUUUAUAUGUUGUUAGAUAUAUAAGU